AUGACGCCUUGGAGGAUACGUGCUACCAUGGACGAGAUUGACGUUGCUCGUAGAUAUGCCGGACAUCCGACGAUAUUCUCUGUCCGAUUACACCAUGGUGGACAGUUUACAAAGUUCCCUGGAAGAAAGUACAUCAAAGGCAAGCAAAAUUAUGUUGAUUUACUAGACAUUGACACCUUUUCCAUUCACGACAUUGACGAGAUGAUGGAGGAACUUGGGCAUAUUGAUUCAGACGAAACACUACUCUAUUAUCAUUUCCUGAGACCAUUUGGCGAUUUGGAUUUUGGGUUAUUUGCUUUGGGUUCAGAUCAGGAUGUUCAUCAUCUGGAGAAUGAGGAUGAUUAUGAUGGUAGUGGACACAACAAUGGCAGUGGAAAUGAUGAGUUUGAUGAUGAUAGUGAGAGUGAAGAUAAUACACAACAAGGUGACUUAGAAGUGAUCAACACAGAGGUUUUGUUGUCUGGGUCUUCAUCAGAUGAGGCAAAUGAUGGUAAGCAAAGGAAAACUAUUAGGGCCAUACAGAGGGCUUAUGAAAAUGAUGCAGCUUUGGUUAGUGAGCCCUUCUACAUUUUUCAAACUUUCAGUUCAUCUAAGGACUUUAAGACACAAGUGAAACUACAUUCCAUAAGGACAAGAAGGGAAAUACAAUUAGAGAAAAAUGAUAAGAAUAGGGUUAGGUUUGUGUGUAAAGGCACUAUACCAAAUCUUGCUAUUAAUGAAGAAGAGAAAUGCCCAUGGGUUAUAGAUUGUAGUAAGUGGAAGCGUGACAUAGAUUGGAUGGUUAAGACAUACACGAAGGAGCAUCGAUGUCUACAAACAAGGAAAGUCAAAGCAUGUGACUAUAAGUUCCUUUCAAAGCAUAUAGUACAAGUUAUUGAGACAAACCCAAAGAUUCCUAUUAGGGCUUUACGAGAGCAACUCCAACAUGAGUACCAGAUGGACAUUUCGCAUAUGAAAACUUUUAGGGCAAAGCAGCAAGCAUUAAAUCAUGUUCAAGGAGAUUAUGCCAGCCAAUACAGGUUGUUAAGGGAUUAUGUUUUAGAGGUACAAGCACGUAACCCAGAUACUACGGUUAAAAUUGAUGUUGAAAGUGAAGCGAAUCCAACUGUUGAGACAAGAACAUUCAGGCAUAUCUAUGUUUGCAUUGGAGCUUUGAAGCGAGGUUUUGCAGCGGGAAGAAGGGACUUUCUUGGACUUGAUGGAGCCUUCGUGAAAGGUCCAUAUCCAGGCCAAGUUUUGUCUGCUGUGGCAUUGGAUGGUAAUAAUGGGAUAUAUCCUUUAGAAACAUUGAAUUCUUGGACUUGGUUUUUAAGUAAUUUGGGUGAUGACUUAGGUUUGGGAACAAAUUCCAAUUUCACGUUUAUGAGUGACAGGCAAAAGGGUUUGUUGCCUGCGAUUGAAACACUAUUUCCAUGUGCAGAGCAUCGCUAUUGUCUUCGUCACAUACACGACAACAUGAAAAAGAACUGGAGGGGAAAGGUGUUCAAGGAUCUUCUUUGGGAAUGUGCCACGACCUCUAAUGUACAACACUUUCAUCAAGCAAUGGAAAAACUAAAGAAGCUUAACAAUGAUGCUUAUGAGUGGCUGAAACAAAUACCUCCUCAAAGUUGGGCUCGCUCCCACUUUACUGGGAGAGCACAUUGUGAUGCUCUAACUAAUAACCUGUGUGAAGCAUUCAACAACAAGAUAGAAGAUGGUCAUGAUGCACCAAUUAUUAACUGCAUUGAGUUCAUCAGAGAGUACAUUAUGAAGAAGAUAGUCAAAGUUGACAAGGAAAUUCAGAAAGUUGUAGGCCCUUUGACUCCUGCAGCUACAACAAUAUUGGAUAACAUAAAGAGUAAGGCAGAACAGUAUGUUGCAACAUUUUGUGGUGCUGGAAAAUAUCAAGUUGCUGGACCAUGGCAAGAUCAGUGUAUUGUGGAUGUAGGUCAACAAAGUUGCACGUGCAAAAGGUGGGAAUUAACAGGAAUUCCGUGA